UGGUAUGACAAUAUUGACAAGACUAAAACUUGUUUAUUUUUUUCUUUAACCAAAAAAAGCGAACUAUUUGCCUAAAAAAAAUAUUCUGCUUGGUGGUAAAAUAUAAAACAGUUUAAUUUAAAGCCUGAAAUGACAACCCCUUCACCCCUCGAUGAAGCCGAAGAGAAAGAUUCACUUUUCUCGGACAAAUCCGAAGAUAAAGCCGUGAAAAUCCAAACUCCGGAAGCCGAGACCAGUGAACACGUUAAAGUCUCCUACAGCGACGAAGAUCUCGACAAAUUAGUCGGAUUUGUCAAAAAUCUUACCACACUCUACGACCUACGACCCGACGACUGGAAAGAAGAGAACUACGAAGUGAUUAAGCGCUUUUUCCUGACACCUACCGAACCGAUUUUGACGAUUUAUUUCAUAAAUGACGACCUGACUUGCAGUUUGGGCCCCCCGACAAGGUCUGUCAUGGACCUAACCUAUUUUCUCCGACAACCGUUCGAAGUUUUCGAAGUUGCGACUUUCUUCGACAACAUCAACUUUGGCACAAUGGACGAUAACAUCGAAGGCAGCAUUUUGAACAUUGUAGAAAACGUGUACGCCCCUGUUUUUCUCAAGUCGAACCACUGGCCUGAAAGUGUCAAAAAUGAUUUUUCGCAUAAUCUUCACAUGUUUUUGGCUAAAUUUACCGACGUUCAUAGCAGAUUGUUCGGUUUGACCGUCCUGUAUAUACCACGGGAGGCUCUCGAUAUCCCCGUAGACGUUGCAAGUCUCGAUAAAGAAUUAGUGAAAAGAUUGGAAGCUAUUGUUGUUUACUGGACGAAACAAAUUCGGGUGGGUUUACAAGACCAAGACCAAACCACCCCUGAUGACCUUUUGACCCCUCUCGAUGAAUACGAUUUUUGGGUUUACCGAUUCGAAAAUUUGUCCGGUUUAAAUUACCAAUUAACCAAUCAAAGUUUAAAACACAUUUGUAACAUUUUGAUUGCCGUCCAAUCGACUUAUGUGCACCAGUUUUUGAUCCUGGCUGAUGAAAUUGAACGCAAUGUGAAGGAAUCAAUGUCAAAUAUCGAAUAUUUAGCCGUUUUGCGAAACCCUUGCAACGAGCUCUCCGAAAUACAAAAUCCCAAUGAAAUGCACACGAAGCUGGCCGAAAUUUUGCACUUGAUUCGUUUUAUUUGGAUGAAUAGUCCGUAUUAUAACACUAUAGAAAAAAUAACGAGUUUGUGUCGCGCGUUAAGUAACCAAGUGAUCCUCCAAUGCAUCAAGUACAUAAACAUGAAUAUCAUUUUCGAAGAGAAGAAAAGUCGAGAAGGGAUUAAAAUGUUUGAGACUUGCAUCGACUGUCUCACUAAUUACAUCCGGACUUACGUUUUGAUUUCGGAAAGCCACACAAAAUUCGGACCUUCACCUUGGCUCCUCGACAAAGCUCCAAUUUUCAAUCACGUCGACUCGUUUAUCCAAAGAUGCAAAGACAUGAUUGAAAUUUGUGAAGCCAUGAUUAAUUUCGGCCGCCAUGACGAGACCGAAGAAAUCCCAAAACCGAAUUUCGGGGGCUCUCGACGCAUCGAAUUUUUGAAUUGGUGCAACAAAGUCGAAGAUAUGUUUGCUGAGAGUCUCAAAUCGGUCCAAGAAGUGAAACACUUGAUUCUCGACGUCCAAGUCUCAACGUGGUACGACCAGAUGUUGCAAUUCAAAAACCGGAUGAAAGAUAUUGAGGUCGUGAUUGAGAAUUUGACAAAUGCGGUUUUUGAGGAGGUUGCGAACGUCGAGGAGGGAAUCGAGAGUUUGGCCGCGUUGUACAAUUACUCAAAACGGGAAAGUUUGAAGUCGCUUUUUAACGGCAAAACUUUGUUCGUUUAUGAGAUGUUCAAAGAGGAGAUUCACGGAGUUAAAAAGGACUUGACCGAGUCGGAAAUGUACCCCGCGAGAUUGCCCUACUACGCCGGACGGGCCAUGAUUGCCAACAUGAAAAAAAAUCGACUUGUCCUAAUCAGAAAACUUUUUGAAGACGCCAAGUGGAUGCUUCCUUGCAGCGUCUCGCAUGAAAUUUUUUCCCAGUACGAGAAACUUGUCAGUUCGAUAGAUGAAAGAAUUUUGGGUUUGUACCGGAAGUGGAAUGACCGGCUUGGGGAAGACGUUUCUAAGCGUUUACACCGCCCCCUGAUGUGCAAAAGUAUCUCAAAACCGGGGCUUCUCGAAUGCAAUAUCGACCGUUCCUUGCUUGAGAUCUUCACAGAAGCCAGAUACUGGGAAUCGCUGAAUUACGAAGUCCCUUCUCAUAUCAAAACAGUCUACGAUAAAGCAAACAAUGUUAGAUUUGUUUACGAAAGUGUCCUCGCUGUGGUCCUCGAUUAUAAUAAAAUUCUAGCGUCGUUAAGUGACGAUGAACGACUUUUGUUCAAACCUUUGAUAACAAUCGUUGAGAAAAAAAUUGCUCCGGGUUUGUCUAAAUUGACCUGGGCUUCGGAAGUCUCAGACGAAUAUAUUGCUGAGUGUUCUCAUAACACUGCUGAGUUGCAACAAUUUCUCGACGAUUAUAAAAGUUGUAAUUUGCAAAUUGUUGCGAUUUGCGAGAAAAUUUGUGACACUUAUAUGUUUCGCGUAACGCCGAAUUAUGUGUUUAACAUUCGCGAACUGAUUAUAGAGAUUUCGAGUCAGUUGGAAAAGACUAUGGAAAAGUUGGUGAUACAUUAUCACAAUAUUAUACAGUUUUUGAUUUUGGUGUUUGAGGGAUUUGAAAACUAUAUGACAGUGAUGGCAAACCAAUGGAUCACUUAUAUCAACAAUUUUGAUACGCUUGUGGAGGAAGCUUUAAAAAUUUGUUGCCGAAAUACAUUAAACCACAUGUAUGAAUGUUUACACGGCGAUGAUACACUUGGUCCAAAUCCAGUUUUAGAACUGACAGCAAGUCUAAAAGCUAACCGAAUUAAUUUUGAACCAACUUUGAGCGAAGUCGCAAAAGUCGUUUACAAUAUUUUGCCUAAUAUGGUAGAAUCCCUAAUGACUUUGCCUCGACUAAACGAUAAAUUUCAUGUCGCUGAAACCGAUUUUACUCCAUAUUGGGGGAUCAUAGAGCAGGAUGCCGAGUGUCAAAAAAUUCAAAAAAUGUUAAAUGAAGAAAUGAGUUUAAAUGUUAAGAAGAUUCAGGAGUAUAUGAAAAUAUGGGAACCUUUUCGCGACCUUUGGGAAAUCGAUAAAGACCUCUUUAUGACUAAAUACGAGACUGAAAAUCCCACUGCAGCCCAAUUCGAUGCAAAUAUCGGAAGAUACACAGAAGUAGCAAACAAUGUACAGAUCCAAGAAGGAGUCACAGUUGUCCAUUUUAUUCGAAUUAAUUGUUCUGAAUUAAAAAAAUCUAUAAUCGAGCAUUGUUUACAGUGGCAGAAGAAACUUUGUGAACUUUUAUACAAACUAACUGUUAGAAAUAUCAACAAUGUCUAUGAAUAUAUUAAAGUCAACACUGAAGCUGUUUUGAAAGAACCGCAAAAUUUGAUCGAAAUGGAAAAAGCAAUUGCACUUCAUGAAAAAUUAGUCAAUGAAGUAUCGGUAAAAGAAGAAAGCUUUCCUCUAAUAACUGAUCAAAUGUUAGUUUUGGAAAAAUAUAACGUUCAUGUGCCGAACGAAGUGCGAAAUCGAGAAAAAGCAAUUCCGAAUGAAUGGUCACGAUAUUUGGACGUCCUAUCUGAUGCUGAUAAGAUGUUGGGGUACUCAAAGGACACUUUCAAAACUAGACUACUUGAAGACGCUGAAGUUUUGAAAAAAGAUGGGAAAAAAUUACUUGACGAAUUUUUGACAACUGGCCCUUUUUCAUCGGAUUGGUCAGCCGAGGAAGCUUUGAAAUACAUCGCCGACAUUAAAGCAAAGUUGGCUUAUCUGAGGGAACACGAGAAAGAUUUGAGAGGAGAUUUGGGUAUUUUUGGGCUCAGUUUACCGGACACUAUCGAACUGACCAAAUUAGAAAGAGAAAUCGCCGCAAUUGAGUUGGUUUGGCAGCUGACAGACGAAUGGAACAAAGCCUGGGAAAAGUACAAAUCGGGCGAAUUUUGGACGAUAGAAACCGAAGAAAUGGAAGUAACCGCUCAAACACUUUUCAGAAAAUUGACACGACUUUCGCGCGAACUCAAAGAUAAAAAUUGGGAAAUUGUGGAACACACGAGACAAAGAGUGGAUGCUUUUCGAAGAACUCUGCCUCUUAUUGGCGACUUGAAAAAUCCUUCGAUGCGGCCGAGACACUGGGACCGCGUUCGCAAAGUUGUUGGCAAAGAUUUUGACGAAAAUGGUGCCGAUUUCAAUCUUGAAGCGAUCUACGCCAUGGAAAUGCACAAAUAUGCUGAAGAAAUUAACGAUAUUUCAAACGCCGCUACAAUGGAAUUGCAAAUUGAGAAAGGGCUGGCCAAUAUUGCCCACAUUUGGAAAGAAAUCAAGAUUGAGAUGGUGCCACACAAAGAUAAGGGUCUUUACAGAAUUAAGAGUGUUGAGGAGUGUUUUCAAACACUUGAGGAUCACAUGUUGCAAUUGUCGACAAUGAAAAGUACCCGAUUUGUUGAACCUUUUGCCAAAGAAGUGGAUUAUUGGGAGAGAACCUUGUCUUAUAUUUUGGAAACGUUGGAAGCGGCACUAAGUGUGCAAAGACAAUGGCUGUAUCUUGAAAACAUAUUUUUUGGCGAAGAUAUUCGUAAGCAACUUCCUCGCGAAUCUGAAGGUUUUGACCGGCUUUCCGAAGAAUGGAAAAACAUCACAAUCCACAUGCAUGCCGGAAAAACCGCAAUGAAGGCAACACAGUACGAACCAGCUCCUUACCUCUACAACAAACUGAAUCGGAUGAAUGACAAAUUGGAAUUGAUUCAAAGAGCCUUGGAACGCUAUUUGGAAACCAAACGUCACAUUUUUCCCCGUUUUUAUUUCAUUUCGAACGACGAUAUGUUGGAAAUUUUGGGGAAUUCGAAAAAACCCGAAGCUGUGCAACCUCACUUGAAAAAACUUUUCGACAAUCUCACCAAGUUGAAAAUGCAACGAAAUUUGGUCACCAGCAAACAGGAAGCUAUGGGGAUGUUUUCCGAGGACGGUGAAUAUAUGGAUUUUACAAAAUUGAUAGUUUUGGAUGGUCCCGUCGAAAUGUGGUUGUUGGAAGUCGAGGCUCAGAUGAGGGCAGCUUUGAAAAAGGAGUUUAAACCAUGUCGCAGCGCUCUAAAGAAGAUGUUGAGUAAGAGGGAUAAGUGGUUGUUGACGUAUUGUGGGCAACUUUGCAAUGCCUGCAGUCAGAUACAAUGGACCACUGACUGCACAAAAGCUUUGGUUCAUGCCAAAAUAACUGACAGUAAAAAGCCGUUAAAAAAACUGAGGAAAAAACAAAACCAAGUUCUGAGCAAACUUUCCGAAUUGAGUAGACGAGAUUUGACUAAAUUACAAAGACUGAAAGCUAACGCUCUUAUUACGAUCGAAAUUCAUUCUCGUGAUGUUAUUGAUAAAAUGUACAAAGCUAAUUGCAGAGACACGAAUUCUUUUGAGUGGUUUUCCCAACUACGUUUCUACUGGGAUCGUGAUUUAGACGACUGUGUUAUCAAACAAACAAAUACUGCUUUCAUGUAUGGAUACGAAUAUAAUGGAAAUUCGGGUCGUCUUGUUAUCACUCCACUCACUGAUAGAUGUUACAUAACUUUGACAACUGCCCUCCACUUGUUUCGAGGCGGUAGCCCAAAAGGGCCGGCCGGAACCGGAAAAACCGAAACUGUCAAAGAUUUGGGCAAAGCGAUGGGCAUGUGGGUCAUUGUCAACAAUUGCUCCGAAGGUUUAGAUUACAAAAGUAUGGGUAAAUGUUUCUCGGGACUUGCCCAAACGGGUGCUUGGGGCUGUUUUGACGAAUUCAACCGAAUCAACAUUGAAGUCCUUUCGGUAGUAGCCCAACAAAUUUUAAGUAUCCUGUCGGCAAUUGCAAGAAAAAUGAAAACAUUUGUUUUCGAAGGUACCGAAAUUAAUUUAAAACUGACUUGUGGCAUCUUCAUAACUAUGAAUCCGGGUUACGCCGGGCGAACCGAGCUCCCGGAUAAUUUAAAAUCGAUGUUUCGGCCCAUUUCGAUGAUGGUACCUGACAGUGCGAUUAUCGCCGAAAAUAUCUUAUUCAGUGAUGGUUUCCAAAAUACAAAAAUUUUGUCAAAGAAAGUCUUCACUUUGUAUCAACUUGCAAUGCAACAGUUGAGUAAGCAAGAUCAUUACGAUUUUGGGCUCCGGUCCAUGGUGGCUUUGCUUCGGUAUGGAGGCCGGAAAAGGCGCCAAUUUCCGCAUUUUCCGGAAGAUGAAAUUAUUUAUCUUGCAAUGCGCGAUAUGAACAUUGCCAGACUCACAUCCGACGACUUGCCCCUUUUUAACGGAAUCAUGUCGGAUAUUUUCCCCGGAGUCAGCAUUCCCAAAGUGGAUUAUGUCGACAUGACGGAUGCUAUAGUGUCUCAUAUGACGGAAAAUGGGUUGCAACCUAUUGAAAAUGCAAUAACUAAAAUAAUUCAGUUGUACGAAACCAAAAGUUCGCGUCAUUCCGUUAUGAUUUUGGGCCGGACUGGAUCGGCCAAAUCUACGACUUGGAAAACCCUCCAGGGGGCUUUGGGAAUUUUGCACAAGGCGGGAAAGCCCGGCUUCAACGUCGUACAUGUCUACGCCAUUAACCCCAAAGCUUUGAAUUUGGGGGAAUUGUACGGGGAGUACAAUUUGAGUACUAAUGAAUGGUUGGAUGGAGUUAUCAGUGCAGUAAUGAGGGCGACUUGUGCCGAGGAAACUCCUGACGAAAAGUGGAUUUUGUUUGACGGUCCCGUCGAUGCUGUUUGGAUCGAAAACAUGAACAGCGUCAUGGACGAUAAUAAAAUUUUGACUUUGAUUAACAGCGAUCGGAUUACGAUGCCGGAACAAGUAUCACUUUUAUUCGAAGUUGGUGACUUAUCAGUAGCGUCACCUGCGACAGUUAGCAGGUGCGGAAUGGUCUACAAUGAUUAUAAAGAUUGGGGUUGGUUGCCUUAUGUCACUUCGUGGGUGCAGAGACAGCACAAACGUGGCAAAGAGUUUCAAGAUAUUAUGAUGGAUUUUUUCCGCAUUUAUUUGCAAAAAAUUCUCGAUUUUAAAAGACUACACUGCGAGGAGGCAGCCGGUUGUGUUGAAUUAAAUCUAGUCAUGUCUUUGUGUAAGCUUUUGGAGAUUUUGGCAACGGUGGAGAAUGGGGUCAAUCCGCACGAUGAGGACAAUUUUGCCGAUAUGGCCAAAAACUGGUUCUUGUUCUGUUUAAUUUGGUCGGUUUGUUGCACCACCAACGAGGAGGGUAGGAAAAAAAUCGACAACUUUAUCCGGGAAAAAGAGGGUGUUUUCCCCAUUAAAGACACGAUUUACGAGUAUUUUGUCGACGUUCCUAACAAAAGUUUCGCGUUGUGGGAGGUGAAACUACCCUACGACUGGAAAUACGACCCUGGAUGUGCCUUUUUCGAAAUUAUUGUCCCAACUGUGGACACUGUGCGUUACGAAUACAUCACGAAUGCCCUUUUGUCUCACGGUUAUCCAGUUUUGCUCACGGGACCUGUGGGUACCAGCAAGACUUCGACAGCACAAUCUGUUUUGGCGAGUCUCAGUUCGGAAAAAUACACCGUUUUGAAUAUAAACAUGUCGGCUCAAACGUCUUCGCUGAAUUUGCAAGAAGCGAUCGAGAGUCGAUUGGAGAAGAGGACGAAAGGGGUGUAUGCGCCGGUUGGGGGUAAACUGUUGAUUACGUUUUUGGACGAUUUGAAUAUGCCGGCGAAGGAAACGUACGGGUCGCAACCGCCUCUUGAGUUGUUGAGACAGUGGUUGGAUUAUAAUUUUUGGUAUGAUAGACAGAAGCAGACCAAAAAAUUCAUUAUUAAUAUGCACAUUUUGGCCGCUAUGGGUCCACCCGGUGGUGGCAGAAACGUGAUUUCUGAACGCCUUUUGAGCAUUUUCAACGUGAUUAAUAUCACUUUUCCCGACGAAACCAACAUUUUGAGGAUUUAUGGUACCAUGCUUGGGCAACAUUUGGCCGAUUUUAACGAAAUCGUGAAAAUUGUCGGUCGGGAAAUUACCGAAACCACCAUAGACUUGUACAAUAAUGUGACAGCAAAAAUGCUACCAACUCCGACAAAAAUUCAUUAUCUUUUUAACUUGAGAGACAUCUCGAAAAUAUUUCAGGGUCUGUUAAGGGCACAUAAGGAGUAUCACGAUAAUAGGACUGCACUUCUUCGAUUGUGGGUUCAUGAGUGUUUUAGAGUGUUUUAUGACCGGCUUAUAGACGACAAAGACCGCGAAUGGUUUUUAACCCAAAUGGGUGACCAACUGGGCAAACAUUUCGAAUCCACGUUUCACAGUAUUUGUCCCAAAAAUAAAAUCCCCAUUUUUACUGAUUUUGUCAACCCAUAUCGAAUCUACGAAGACUUGGUUGAUAUUGCAACGUUGCGCAAAUUCUUAGAAGUCCAGAUGGAAGAAUACAACGUUUCUCCCGGAGUUGUUAAAAUGGACUUGGUCCUGUUUGAGGACGCCAUGGAACAUAUUUGCAGAAUUGAAAGGGUUGUUUCGCAACCAAGGGGUAAUAUGCUUCUUGUCGGAAUAGGGGGUAGCGGAAGACAGUCUUUGUCUCGUAUAGCAUCAUAUAUUUGUGAAUACAAUACUUAUCAAAUUUCUGUGACUAGAAAUUACAAAGCUCCGGAGUUCCGCGAAGAUUUGAAAACUUUGUAUUCAAUUACCGGAGUUGAUAACAAGGCGACGACUUUCCUCUUCAAUGAUACUCAAAUCACAGAUGAGAGUUUUUUGGAAAUUAUUAAUAAUAUGUUGAGUAGCGGUGAAGUUGCAAAUUUGUAUAAACCAGACGAAUUUGAAGACAUUAAAUCGAAAUUAGCUAACGCAGCAAAAAAAGCCGGUGUAUUCCCCACAUCUGAAGCGAUGUACAACUUUUUAAUAAAACGAGUGCGAGCCAAUAUGCACAUAAUUAUUUGUAUGAGUCCCAUCGGGGACGCUUUUCGAAACAGAUUGCGCCAAUACCCUGCUUUAGUCAAUUGCACAACAAUCGAUUGGUUCUGCGAAUGGCCAAAAGUGGCUUUACUCGAAGUCGCAAAUAAAUACAUCAGUGACGUAAACUUUGUCCAGACCAUCACUGGCGAAGUUUUGGGCAAACGACGUGCUUCUGUUCUGUUGUCAAGUCAAGACAGACUACGAGAGGCUGUGGCUUCGACUUUUGCCACAAUCCACGAUUCUGUGGCUAAAUGUGCCAGAAGAAUGGCAAUCGAAAUGAAAAGACACAGUUAUGUCACCCCAACAAAUUAUCUAGAGUUGGUUGCCGGCUACAAAAAAAUGCUUCAAGAGAAACGCGACGAAAUCUCGUCGCAAGCAAAUAAGCUCAGAAACGGCUUGUGGAAAAUCGACGACUGUCGCAGCAAAGUCCAGUCGAUGUCGAUCGAACUUGAGGAAGCCCAAGUCAAAGUGGCCGAGUUCCAGCAACAGUGCGACGAAUAUUUGGUAAUAAUCGUGGCCCAAAGGAAGCAAGCCGACGAGCAGCAGAAAGAAGUGACACAGAAAAGUAUCAAAAUCCGGGAGGACGAAGUCCAAUGCCAGAAAUUGGCCGAUGUUGCGCAGGCCGAUUUGGACGAAGCCAUGCCGGCCCUUGAAGAAGCCAUCCGAGCGCUCGACUCUCUGAGCAAGAAAGACAUCAGUGAAAUGAAAUCGUACGGAAAACCGCCCGCAAAAGUCGAGAUGGUGAUGGAAGCCAUAAUGAUUUUGAAACAAGUCGAACCGACUUGGGCCGAGUCCAAACGCCAAUUGGGCGAAAUCAACUUCCUCAAAGACUUGAAAGAGUUCGAUAAGAAUCACAUUUCGGAUCGGACGCUCAAAAAAGUGGCCAAUUACACACAAAAUCCGGAAUUUAUCCCGGAAAAAGUCGGGACUGUCUCAUUUGCGGCGAAAAGUUUGUGCCAAUGGGUCAUCGCAAUAGAGAAAUAUGCCAAAGUUUGGAAAGUUGUGGAGCCGAAACAAAUGAAAUUUGACGAGGCAAUGGCGUCCUUGAGGGAGAAACAAGCGAUGUUGGCAGAGGCUCAGGCCAAAUUGGCAGAACUGAAUAUCAUGUUGGCGAGGCUUCAGAAGGAAUAUGAGGAGAAGUUGGAACAGAAGGAGGAGUUGAAUCGGAAGGCUGAAUUGUUGAAAAUCAAGCUCGAAAGGGCCUACAUCUUAGUCGAAUGUUUGGCGGGGGAGAGAACUCGAUGGGAAGAAACCGUUGCAAAGCUUGAUAUUUCGUUCGAUUGUUUGCCCGGUGAUUGUCUUCUUGCCACCGCAUUUUUAUCUUAUUUAGGCCCUUACGUGUCGAAUUAUCGCGAAGAACUGAUGGAGAUGUGGAAGAAUGAAGUCGCAACGUUGGAAAUCCCCUACAGUACCAAUUUCGAGAUAAUUUCAUUUCUGAUCGAUCCGACAACAGUGCGAGAAUGGAAUUUGCAAGGCCUUCCCGCUGAUGGUUUCAGUACCGAAAACGGAAUUAUAGUAACAACAGGUGAAAGAUGGCCACUGGUAAUCGACCCCCAGUGUCAAGCCCAAAAAUGGAUCAAAAACAUGGAAUCGGCUAACAAUCUCAAAGUGAUUGAUUUCGGAAUGCACAGUUAUAUGAAAAUUCUAGAGGAUGCUGUCCAAAAUGGCAAACCUGUUUUGCUUCAAAAUAUUCUCGAAACGAUGGAUCCGUCCUUAAAUUCGAUUUUGGCCAAAGCUGUAGUCAAACAAGGUGGAAUGAAUUUGAUAAAAAUCGACGACAAGAUGGUGUCUUACAAUGACAAUUUCCGGUUUUUCAUCACUACGAAAUUGACAAAUCCUCAUUAUCCGCCUGAAAUUUCGACAAAAACGACUUUGGUUAAUUUUGCCGUCAAGGAGCAAGGGCUAGAGGCCCAACUUUUGGGAAUUGUUGUACGAAAAGAGAGACCACAGUUGGAGGAGCAGAAAGAUAAGCUUGUGACGGCGAUUGCGAAAGGAAAACGACAAUUGAUCGAUUUGGAAAAUGAGCUUUUGAGGCUAUUGAAUGAGACUCGUGGGUCGCUCUUGGAAGAUGCAGAAUUGUUUAAUACUUUACAAACGUCCAAAGCGACGUCAAUUGCGGUUACGAAGAGUUUGGAAACAGCAGAAACAACAGAAGUACAAAUUGAUGCUGCGAGAGAAGGUUAUAGACCUUGUGCUGAGAGGGCUUCAAUUUUGUUUUUCGUUUUGAACGAUUUGGGACGGAUCGACCCAAUGUAUCAGUUUGCUUUAGAUUCGUACAUAUUUUUGUUUGAAAAGUCGAUUCAAAAUAGUACGAAAAGUCAAGUUUUGUCUGAGAGAAUCAUGGAGUUAAACGACUUUCACACAUAUGCGGUUUACAGAAAUACGUGUCGGACCCUCUUUGAGCACCAUAAGCUCAUGUUUUCGUUCCACAUGUGUGUCAAAAUAUUGGAAAAUAUGGGAAAAGUGGUCAAAGCCGAGUAUAAUUUUCUGUUGAGAGGUGGCGUGGUUCUCGAUAAGGAAAACCAAAUGGACAAUCCUUGCUCGGCUUGGUUGUCUGAUGAAGGGUGGGAUAAUAUAACCGAGUUGGACAAAAUAGCAGGAUUCCACGGGAUUAUCGACACUUUUGAGCAAUAUCCCAAAGAAUGGCAUGCAUGGUAUACCCACACUGAGCCAGAAACACUACCCUUAAUAGCCGAAUGGAACGAAGUUUGUAACAACUUCCAAAAAAUGCUCUUCAUCCGAUCUCUUCGCCAAGACCGAAUGUCCUUCUGCGUCACAAAUUUUAUAAUCAACCAAUUGGGUUCCAAGUUUGUCGAGCCCCCAGUUUUGGAUAUCAGAGCCGUAUUGGAGGAAUCCGUGGCCCAAACUCCUCUAAUUUUCGUCUUAUCGCCCGGCGUAGACCCCACUACGGCUCUGAUGCAAUUAGCCGAAAGUACAGGAAUGAUGCAUGCGUUUCAGUCUUUGAGCUUGGGCCAAGGACAAUCACCGAUCGCAACAAGAAUGAUUCAAAGAGGGGCAAAAGAGGGUCAUUGGGUGUUUCUGGCCAACUGUCACUUGUCCCUAAGUUGGAUGCCACAACUCGACAAAAUCGUAGAAACUCUACAAACGGGAAAAAUCAAUCCCAGAUUUAGGCUAUGGCUGAGUUCCAGUCCUCAUCCUGAAUUUCCCAUUUCGAUUCUUCAAGCCGGAAUGAAAAUGACAACAGAGCCGCCGAAGGGUCUGAGAGCCAAUUUGCAAAGACUCUACCAAAUAGUCACAGAAGAACAGUUUAGCGUAUGCCAGUGUCAGGAGAAAUACAAAAAAUUGCUGUUUAGUCUGUGUUUUUUUCAUGCUAUUCUUUUGGAAAGGAAAAAGUUUCAACAGUUGGGCUGGAACGUGAUUUAUAGUUUCAACGAUUCGGACUUUGAAGUUUCGGAAAAUUUGUUGACGAUUUAUUUGGACGAAUACGAAAAUACGCCUUGGGAUGCUCUUAAAUAUUUAAUUGCAGGUGUUAAUUAUGGCGGUCACGUGACCGACGAUUGGGACAGGAGACUCCUAUUGACUUACAUAAAUCAGUAUUUCUGCGAUGACGUUUUAAACAACCCAUACCAUAGAUUAUCAUCGUUGCCAACAUAUUAUAUUCCUCGAGACGGUUCUCUUCAAUCUUAUCAAGACUACGUCAGACUUUUACCAACUAUCGAUCGACCAGAAGCAUUUGGCCAACAUCCAAACGCCGAUAUAACAUCUCUAAUAUCAGAAAGCAGAAUGUUUUGUGAAACUUUAAUGUCUCUCGAAAUUCAAAGUUCAUCUGGCGAAAGUGAAUCACAAGAAGAUAAAGUUUCCCAAUUAGCAGCUGAAGUCUUAUCAAAAAUACCAAAUCCUAUCGAUUACGAAACAACCGAAAAACUAAUCGGUGUCGAUAAAAAACCACUAGAUGUGGUCCUCCUUCAAGAAAUUUUAAGGUACAAUUCAUUACUAAUUGACAUACGGACAUCACUGGACGAGUUACAAAAAGGAAUCAAAGGUUUGGUCGUGAUGUCGUCACAGUUGGAGGAAAUUUUCACUUGUAUUUUCGAAGGACGAGUUCCUUCAGACUGGCUUAAAGCUUACGCAUCAUUAAAACUCUUGGGCUCUUGGACACGUGAUUUAAUAGCAAGAGUCGAACAUUUCGAAACGUGGGCAAGCACAACCCACCCCCCUUUGUUCUUCUGGCUGUCGGCUUACACCUUCCCGACCGGAUUUCUAACAGCCGUUUUGCAGACAACAGCCCGCGCCAACGAAGUCCCCAUCGACACGCUCAGUUGGGAGUUUACCGUGAUGACCGUCGACGAAAACCAACUGGUCGAGCGUCCCGAAAACGGGGUUUAUGUCAGAGGGUUGUUCCUCGAAGGAGCGGGUUGGGAUAGGAAGAAUGCGUGCUUGAUUGAGCCCCAGCCGAUGCAAUUGGUGUGUGCCAUGCCAAUGAUUCAUUUCAAGCCGCAGGAGGUGCUGAAGAAGAAGACAAGAGGGUUGUAUUCGUGUCCGUGUUAUUACUUUCCGAUCAGGACAGGGGCGCCGAAUAGACCGGCGUUUGUUGUUGCUGUUGAUUUGAAAAGCGGGGCCGAAAAUUCCGAUUUCUGGAUCAAGAGGGGAACGGCCCUGCUCCUUAGUUUGUCGAAUUAAUUUUUGUAUUUAUUAAUGUUGCAAUAAAGUUUUAAAAAUUGAAAG